UGUUGGUUCAGGUGUUCUGUCUCCGCAUUUCACCUCAUCUUAUUUUUAUUUUAAUUCCGGAGUAGUAAUGCAUUAAUUGAACCAACGGGGGUACUGCAGGGGAACGCCUGAGAACCAUGAAGACUGAGUAAAACAAAAAUUAAAAGGCGAGGGACCUCUGCUGCAGCACAAACUCCACCGUCCCGUCUGCUGCUUUUCCCUAAUCCCACCCUUCUCGUAACUGGCUGCGAUAGGGUGCUUGGCCGGAAGACGCCUUUAACGUUCUUGACUGCGAAUGGUCCACUUACACAUCAGUCCAUAGCGAGUAAGAUACAGCCAAUGCUCAGGAAGCACCUCAUGGUUGUCUGUCUAUGUACCGGGAGCUUUCCUUCUUGCGGGGAAAAGGGUUCCCAUGUGCGAGCCGGAAUGCAAAUUCAGUGUGAGGGAGUACAGGUUUGCAGGAGAGCAUCAGGAGGAGGAGGAAGAAGAAAGAGAUCAGCUAGUGGUGCUUAUUCCUGAGGUGCUGAUCCCUUAUCAUUUUUUAAAUGCGUAUUUGCAGGAAGCAGAAUUUGGAACUAUGCAAUUUAAAGCAGAAGAAAUAUGGGGCAGGAGAUACAUAUACAGAAAUAUAUGCAUCAAAUGGGUCUGCAUUUACUAGUAAAUUGCACACCAAUCAUUUGGUGUUGCUUGCCACUUAGAGACAUUUUAAUGAAAGCCGCUUAAUUUAUUUUGAUAGGCAAAAUCACCUAAGUUGUUUUCAUGUUAACUCCUAGGAGAAAACUAAGGGCAAUUUUGUAGGAUUUUAAAAAUGUUAUUUUUUGUGAUAAGCUUCGUUUUAAAAUAAAACGAAUUGUGAAGAUUAAAAGGUAGCCUUGUUAUUUUAGUCCCACCGUGCAAAGGUUUGGCAGGACAUUCUGUUGCAAAAGAAAAGUAAUGCUUUUUUUUCAAAUCUGUUGACAAGGAGGUAACAAUGACGACAUUUCAUCUUAGUUCAGGACUAUUUAAAUUUCAAGUAUUGAUCUGAAAGUGGAAACCACUUAGGUUGCAAUCUUGUGCCCACUUACAUGGGCAUAAAUCCCAUUGAACUAAAUGGAGCAUUCUUCUGAGUAGAGAUGUACAAGACUGCACUGUUAGUACAUUAUGCUGAUUUUUUUUCUUAGCGUUCACCAGCAGCUGGAAAUCUGAUGGCUCUUCCAUAAUGUUCCUGUGAUCCAUUGGCACAAUUUGUUCCAUUAUUUGUGAAUCACUGAAGUAAGGUACAGGUGAUCAUUUUGUAGGACAAAUCAAUGAAUUCAGGAAUUUUUUUUCUGUCUCUUUUGUAUCUCAAGCUUUUAUUUGCUUUGCAGAUCUUUGCCACUUCUACUCUCUCACAACUAAACAAAUCACAGCAUAUAUGCACUGUCUCGACCAUUUGCACACGUUUAUGUAUGGUUCAUGCCUCAGUGAUGUGCCAGACUGGGUUGAAACUUCAGCACAGUUUGCGUUUAUAUUUUUAAAAAUAACAGGAAGAGUAUGUGUGUUUGCCUGUGUAUUUGUCCUUUAUGCACAAGUGCUUUAUAGGUAAUUUGACUUCUUAUCUAUAUGUGUUAAUUUAGCAAAUACAACGUAUGGUUGACAAAUGCUUCCAUAACAUAUCUUUUAUUUUUUUGACGUUGGCUAUAACCAGUGCUUUCUUUCUGGGGGGACGCAUACCCCUAAACAUUUUGUGAAUCUUUGUGUUUUUGUCUAUUUACUGUACUGUAUUUAUUUCCUCCGAUUUAAACUAUAAAAUGGUGAUUUUCUUGAGUCAAAAUGAGAGUACCCCUAAACAUUUUUUUAGAAAAAAAGCACUGACUAUAACUAUGAUAAAGUUACAAGAGUUAACGUUACUGGUGGAAUAAUAGUGGCAAUGCUGACAUUCUUUAAAAUGUGCAGAUGUUCAAUGCUGCUGCUAGCCUCUUUUGUUUGAGAUUGUAACAGCACUUUAGAUUACAUAGACUCUAAUGAAUCCUGGAGUCAUUACACAUGGUAGCAUGGUAGUAUUGCUUGGCCAUCUAAACAAGAGUUAACGGUCUCAGUUGCUGUGUUACAUCACUUUUUAAAUUGGUUAUGUGUCGGGUCCCUAUCCUGGCAACCAGCAACCAUCAUUUUGCUUCACUGAAUUUCACUGGCACUGUAUAACUGAUCAAUGACAGCAACUCCUUUUAUGGACACCCAGCAGAAAAAAAACAAUUGUCUUCUGCAAAACAAACAUGAUUCCCCCUUGAUCUAUUACACAAUUGCAGCUCUUUCUCAGUAUGUGGUUUCUAAUGAAAAAUUCCAUUACAAAAAGGAAAACUGAUGAAAACUUAAAAUGCACUUGUAUCAUGUUUCUUUAAAAGAUGUUUCUGAAGCAACCAUGUUUUACAGCAAGAUGUCCUUUUUUCAGGUCCUUGAUCCCCAAUAUGGCAUGUACGUUUGGCCCUGUGCAGUGGUUCUGGCCCAAUAUGUGUGGUUUCAUAGAAGACUAGUCUGCGGCAAGAGAAUUUUGGAGGUGAAUCAUCGUAAUCAUUUUAUUAUCAUCUUCAUCAUUAUAAAAUUUACCUGCCCUUUGCCAGCAGGUCCCAGUGUGGGUUACAAUUAAAAAGUGAAAAUAGAUUAGUCACAGGAAUAGGGUAGGCCCUGAAAACACACAUGGAAAUAUAGGUUUAUAGUAUGAAAUUAUAAUAUUAAAAUAAACUAUGUUUUUAAAACAUGGGUGUGACCCUUCAGAUGCUAUCAAGCUCUCUGCAACACAGAGGGCUUUGACAGGAUCAACUCUAUCCACUGGAAAAUCCUCUAUAGUAUUCAGGAAUUCCUAGUUCCAUAAAUCUCUGGGACAUGGACCAUAUCAAUAGCGUAGCAGACCUUGCAACUAUAUCUGCUUCCCCAUUCAAGCUUUCCUGCUAAAAAACUGCAACAAACAAAUGUAGACCAGACCACAACUGUUGACACAGUUCAUUUCUGAAGGAAACGCUUAAUCAAAGAUCAAAUAAGACCUUAGAAAUCGGAUUGUGCAAUGAGGCUUCUAGUGAGUAAACUGCUGGUGUUUUCGUUUGUGUCAUUUAGCAGUUAUCGAUGAUCAUGAGGAAGAAACACACCCAAGCUGUAGUAAAGUUCUGAACUCGUUAUACGUGUAUUUGGUGUUAAAAAUCAGUUUUUACUCUGUUUAGAUUGGAGCAGGUGUGAGUCUUCCUGGGAUAGUGGCAGCAAAAUGUGGAGCAGAAAUUAUAUUGUCAGAUAACGCAGAAUCCCCUCGGUGUUUGGACAACUGUCGAAGAAGCUGCCAGAUGAAUAACCUCUCAGGAGUACAUGUCAUAGGACUCACCUGGGGUCAUGUAUCACCCAGUCUAUUGGCCUUACCUCCAGUGGACAUUAUUUUGGGAUCUGACGUUUUUUUCGAACCAGAAGGUAAUUCUAAAUUUUUAUCUACUGCUGUGCAUGUUCUGAUCAUCUACAGCAUAGAAUUUGACACCAAAUUAAAUUGGUGUGAAUGGUGGCUACAAAAACCUGAGUAGUUCCUCAGCUCUCCAGGCCACUCCUGUCUGCCAUGUGUUAUCCAAAUUGCUGAAGAAAAUAUUAUUCCCCUUGAUUUAUAUUUUUUUCUUUUACACAGAGGCUGCGGAUAACAGCGCAAAUGUUGAAAAACUGGUUCCACAUGCAAAUUCUGUGCACUGUAUGUCCAUAAUAAUGGACAGGCAGUAAAAUACUAGUGAUGUGGAAACUAGCAAAGGAAGUUAAAAGGAAUAAAAAAGGAUAUUCCUUCCUUAGACUAUUCUUAGAGCACUUAGACUAUCAUCAAAACACAAAGUGUGAGAGCUCUGCAAUGACAGAAAUGGUAAAUCGUUGAUUUAGGCACUGCAAGAGUAUACUGGGAUAGAGCAACUUAGAAAGUAAAUGGGAGUUUUUCUUAAAUUACUUAAUUACUGACUCAUGGAAAUCUAGUGAAGUAUUUAUAUCUAGCGAAUAUUUGCUUUUCAUUAAUAUGUAUCAGACUAAGCAUCAUUGGUCAAUUAUAUGAAAAUGAAUUCAUUUUCUUAUAUUCCAGUCUUCCUUCCAACAAGAGCAGAAUGCCCAACAUGUCCACAAUAAAAAAAACAUAUGAAGCUGUUCUGGACCAUUACUCAUCUUGGUCAGCAUUUUCUAUUGCUAAAAGUCUAUGUGAAAAAAGCAACUUGGUCCUACACUUUUUUUUUGAUAUAGUUUUGAUCAGGGCCAGAUUCUUAAGCAGGCUAAGAAUGCAAUGACCUGGGGGCCACUAUUUUCAUAAUGCUGUGGUGGUUUUAAAAAUACAGGUAUUGGAACAGCAACAAAAAUCCCUUCAAGCACAUCAGAAAUGAAAACUGUAGUUACAAAAGUAUUUUGUGUGUUUGAAUUUGUAGAAAAGUCCAUCAAGACUGUUAGCAAAGUAGUAAAAAUAAAGUUUGAGAACCACUAGUCUAUAGGGCUGGAGAACCUGUGGUCCUCCAGGUGUUGCUGGACUUUUAAGUCUCAUUAGCUUGGCUGUGAGGAUUUGUAAUCUAUCCCGACUUGCUGUGGAAAUCAUGUAAUGAAGUUUUCAAACUCUUCUCAUUACCCAAGGUAUUUUAAUGAAGCCAAAUCCCAACACCUGUCUGCGAAGUGUCUGGCCCAGUCCCCUAUGAACUAUAAUACUGUUGAUUCAAUUGUUGUUCAAGUGAUAGCACAAUGAAUUGGGCACCUGCCAGUCUUAAGGUUGUAAAAUUCUGCAUACUAGAUGGCACCUGACACAAAUAGGACAGCAACACACCUUCCUCACUCUUUCGUGUGCUUGUAAUCAUUUUAAUUUUUACAAUCUUAGGAGCUGCAAAUAACCAUUAUCAUGGCAGUACGGGAACAUACACUGUGGCCUUUUAUUGACAUGUGGUAGAGGCAGACUAUUCCACCUGCACUUUCUUCAAAAAAUUAGUCCAGACCAGUAAAGGCUAUGUAAAGCUACCUGAUACACACGUGUGUGUGUGUACAGUGUAAUAUUCUUCUGCACUUGUCACAUGGGAAGAGUUUAUUUUUAAAUGGGAAUCAGAUACAAUGGUUGUACUUUUAUUCAGCUGGAUAAACAAAUAAUAUAGUUGCAAGAGUGGGGAACCUUUGGUUCCCCAACUCCCAUUAGCCUAAGCCAGUGUAGCCAUGGGCCAAGGAUGCGGUUGGCAGUCCCAUUCACUACCCAUUCUGUAGAAACUUGGUCAAGAUCUGAAAAACAGACAGAACUCAUGUGCAAAACUGGAUGAAAGCCCCACACACUCUAAAAGAACAAAGCCUAUAUGAAGAGGCUUUUUAGAAUAGAUGUUACUACAACAUACUUCUGAUAACAGUGUUUAUGCCAUUGUACAGGAAAAUAUAGUGCACAUAAUUUACAAACUUCUACACAUUUAUAUCCCUUCUCCAACAUGGAAUAAAUGGCAGCUUAGGUUUUUAAAGACCAAAGUAAAAAAGGCACAAAAGUAAAAUGCCACCACUUUACAGUAUUAUUGCAUUAAAUACUUCCGUUAUUUCAUAGACUUUGAAGAUGUUAUAAGUACAGUGCACUACCUAAUGGAAAAGAAUCCACAUGCUCAGUUCUGGACUACACAUCAAAUCAGAAGGUAUGCUUGUGAAUUUCCAAUUUUGGUAUUUUGUUUCAAGCAUUUUCACAGGGCAUACUGAUUGACCUUGGUCUAAAAUGUGCACACUAUUAGUUUAUUACCAUUUUUGUAUUUUUACAAGGUGUUCUGUGACUUGUAACGUUACUGAGGAGCCAGUUUUAAAAUACGUUGGCGAUUACACAAGCCUAGGUAUUAAAUGAGAAAGAUUCAAGUGCUGACUGGUGUUUCUUUCAGUGCUGACUGGACUAUUGAAGGACUGCUUCACAAAUGGGAAAUGGAAAGCAUCUGUGUGCCCUUGCAAUCCUUUGAGGCCAACAAGGAACAACUGGCAGGCUCUACUCUUCCGGGAAGACAUACUAUUGAAAUGCUGAUCCUCACAACAAAUAAAGCAACCAAGUCGGAUCCUGUUACUGUUUAAAAGAGAGGUUUGCUUUGAUGUGUUUUAAAAUAAAAGUUAUUUACCUCUAACACAUUUGGGUUGGAUAUACUAGCAAGCUGUACAUUCAGCCAGUUUACAAUAGAUGCUGUUUAAACAGGCAUGGCCAAACUUGGCCCUCCAGAUGUUUUGGGACUACCAUUCCCAUCAUCCCUGACCACUGGUCCUGUUAGCUAGGGAUGAUGGGAGUUGUAGUCCCAAAACAUCUGAAGGGCCACACAUUUGGCCAUCCCUGGUCUUAAGUAAAUGGAGUUAUGUGGCACCAUGAGGUGGUGCUUUUCCUUGCAUUUCAAGGGUUCCCCCUAGUAGUCUUCUCCCGACAUUCAGCAGUGAAGUAGCAGUUGCCCCCAACAUAGCUGUCAAUGUACACAGCAUGUUUAUUAAAAGUUUUAGUGCAGCCAUUCUCACAUUAAGAUAGCAUAUUCUGCUUAGUCAGUUUAGUUUCCUACUUCAUGUAUCCACUACCCAGAAAACACCUCCAAUGACUUAUGUGCAAUAUUCCCAUCUGUGUGCUCUACUAUAUAGUGUGUACUGUAGAGGUACAUUAUUGACUCCUAUCCUGCAAAUCUGGAACAAUUCAUACAAAUUUCAAAGGAAAAGUACUCCAAAUGUGAUUUGUUAUAUAUAAAUGAAGGUUAAUACACAUUAGCUACUGUUCUGAAAUAGGACGACAGAUUUUGUUCGCUUCUAACAUACAAAGCAGAGUCAGGAUAUAAGAGUUCAAAAAACUGAACACCAAGUAAGUGUUUUAUUAAACUACAGACACAGUGGUUAUAGUAUAGAAUGUUGUAAGAGAUACUCCAAAUCAGUACUUACAGAGGAAUGAAUCAAAUGCUUUUAACAUUACAUUUGUUUAUAUCCAAGUUCACAUAUGUAGAUGGUCUAAUUUACCAUUCUGGAAAAAAAUAAGGUGUGUUUACCACCAGCUAGAUGUGCUCACUGUAUGCUCCGUUAUUUUUAUGCAAGGCCCGGGUGACUGGAAGUGCAGUUGUCAGGCAAUUAUAAUUAACUGGACAGCCAUUUGUUUCUGCACGACAAGGCAUCGUUACAGGAGCAAUCAGGAGAAAACAGGAAACAGCCAAGCACUCUGCACUGCAACACGCCACCUUAACAGCUAACCAGCAUUACUCAACUGCUACACAACUGCGC